CUAACCUCAUUUUGCGUAAUACAAACUGUUGACCGCACAGAUUUUGUUGUUGGAGACUACCAAUUUUCUUCUGUGUUAACAAUGAGACUAUCGAAGUCCCAUUUAAAGAAAUGUGUUAAAAUCAAAGACAAUCUUUUUCCCAGAAGUGAAAUAAAAAUAUUUCGUAAAAAUGCUGAAGUGAAACCUUCUACAACCGUUGCAUCAGCAGUCGUAUCCGAUAAUAAGCUUAGUACAGAAGUUCAACCGAAAGCAGAAGUCGGAUCCGAUAAUAAGCUCAAUGCAGACGUACGAGCUAAACCAGAAAAGAACACCAGUUCUGAAUAUCGAGAAAAUGAAAUUAAAAUUCAGAUGCUGUCCAAGUCGUUGUAUCAACAAAUAUUUAAAAAUUCGCCCUUACGAAAAUCGGCGGACGAUAACUUGAUUGAAUCGUACACAAAAGAUUUAUUAAAGCAUGGCAUCAAAGCUGGUGAAUCGCCCAAAAUUCCAGACAUCCAACUCAAACUUCCCCCAUUCGAGGGAAAGGACAUUGAGGAGCAUUUCCUGAAAAUAGCAACCGAUCAAAGUGGCUGCUAUCUGAAAUUAAUAAAUUCGUUGUGUGACAUGGAAGACGUUCCCGAAAUGCCAUCUGAAUGGUCGAUGUCAACCGGCUGGACAUUUUAUCACAAAAAUGGUCCGCGCUCCGUACCGUACCCGAAUGAGACAGCCAUGGUCUUCGAUAUUGAAGUCUGUAUGAAAGCUGGCAGCGCACCAACAUUAGCUUGUGCCUUAGGAACGAACGGCUGGUAUUCUUGGGUUAGUCCGCAUUUGUUUGACGACACUACUUCAACUAUGGAAGACCGAAAGUAUUACCAAAACGAUCUGAUCCCGAUGGAGUCAACGUCAAUACAGUCCGGAAAUUCGUUGAAUGAUCACAUGAAAACCCCGAAAAUCAUUGUCGGACACAAUGUGUCAUUUGAUAGGGCACGAAUCAAGGAACAAUAUUGGCUGAACAACACCGGAACGAGAUUCUUAGACACAAUGUCAUUACAUGUGUGUGUCAGUGGGGUAACCAGUUAUCAACGAGCAAUGCUGAAGGCGAAUAAAGAAAUGGAAGACGACGACUUGGCGUGGAGUAGCGUAAGUUCGCUGAAUAGCCUGCUCGAGGUUUACAAAUUAUAUUGCAAUGGAGCUACGUUGGACAAAGAACAACGGAAUUUAUUCUUCGAGGGAGAAUUGAGCGACAUUCGCGAAAAUUUUCAAAGCCUUGUCAAAUACUGUGCAACUGAUGUCCUAGCUACGCAUUCCGUGCUGAAAAAUUUGUUUCCAUUGUACAAAGAGCGCUUUCCACAUCCAGCUACGUUGGCUGGAAUGCUUGAAAUCGGUAUGGCGUAUUUGCCAGUAAAUUCGAAUUGGCAUCGUUACAUCAACGAGGCAAAUCUAACAUUUGAGGAUUUGAAUAUUGAGGCCAAAUAUCUGCUGGAGCGGCGAGCGAACGAGGCCUGCCGUUUAAUGCAUAAUCAAUCAUUCAAAAAUGAUUUGUGGAUGUGGGAUCAAGACUGGUCUACUCAGAAACUGAAGUUCAAUAAAGGGAAGCCAACGAAGAAGACGAAACAAGUAGAUGCGACUGAAAUAAAUGAAUCGCCAGCGUUGCCACCCAAAACUGAAGAGGAAGAAAUGGAUGAAGACUUCCUUAAACUGUGUUCCAAGUUCAGUCAUUUAAUUGAAAAGGUAAAACAACUCCCGGUGAAACGGCCAUUGUUACCCGGUUAUCCAGCAUGGUAUCGGAAAUUGUGUGAAAAGUCGACAGAGAAAGAUUGGGUUCCUGGUCCAUGCAACAUUGGAACGGGAAUGCAGGUAGCACCCAAACUUCUGUCGUUGUGUUGGGAAGGUUACCCUCUCCACUAUAUAAGGGGACACGGAUGGGGUUUCUUGGUUCCGUUCAAAUCAUCCAGCGAAGAAGAUGAAGUGGACAGUCAGAUUCCAUUAAAGAAACUGAUUGCAAAAUGUCCGGUUGUUGACACAAACACCACUGCCAGCUCAGCCGAAAGUGACGAAGCAUUUUGGACACUGUCGAAAGAUGUCGAGGUCAGUUUGAGCAAAAAGGAUUAUUACAGAAAGAAGAAAGUCGAUCAUACGCAAGGCUUGUACACCGGAACUGGCAUUUGGUGUGACGUUGAACUGGACGGGUGUUGCUGGUUUUUAAAACUUCCACAUAAAAACGGUGACGCUUACAAGGUCGGUAAUCCGUUAGCCAGAGAUUUUCUGAACAAAUUCUCGGAAAAUGUUUUGUCUGGUGAUGGUGUCACUGCCGAAGAGGUUAUCAAAAUUGCCCGAAUGUUAUCCUAUUGGCGCAACAACAGAGAUCGUAUUGUCGCUCAAAUGGUCGUGUGGUCGCAAAGGGAUCGCAGGCUGAAAAAUCGAAUGGAAUUCGGUGCUAUCAUACCGCAGGUGGUCGUAUGUGGAACAUUAACUAGACGCGCAAUGGAGCCGACGUGGAUGACUGCAAGUAACGCACAGAAAGAACGUAUCGGGUCUGAGCUACGUGGAAUGGUUCAAGCGCCACCUGGAUAUAAAUUUGUUGGAGCCGAUGUUGAUUCACAAGAAUUGUGGAUUGCGUCUGUGUUGGGUGAUGCUGACGCAACUGGCAUUCAUGGUGCUACCCCAUUGGGCUGGAUGACACUCAGUGGAUCAAAAUCGGAUGGCACGGAUAUGCACAGUGUUACAGCUAAGGCGAUUGGCAUUUCCAGAGACCAUGCCAAAGUCAUUAAUUACGCUAGAAUUUAUGGAGCUGGUCAAAUGUUUGCUGAGCGACUUUUGAAACAGUUCAAUCCUACGAUAUCCGAUGGAGAAGCUAAAUCGAAGGCAUUUAAAAUGUUUGCCAUGACAAAAGGGAAGAAGGUGUUCCAUUUGAAGGAAGAGUUUCGAGAGGAUUUCAUACACAAAGCGUACUCCAAAUAUGAUGCGCAAAAGGUGGCUGCAGCGAAUAAGAAAACCGUCAAAGAAAUGUUUGAAGAGGGACAAUGGAUUGGAGGAAGUGAAAGCGCUAUGUUCAACCGACUAGAACACAUAUCCGAAAUGAUGCAACCAGUCACUCCCUUCUUGCAGUGCCGGUUGAGCCGGGCACUUGAACCGCAACCGGACAGCGAAGAUCGUUUCUUACCUACACGCGUCAAUUGGGUGGUACAAAGCGGAGCUGUAGAUUUUCUUCAUUUGAUGCUUGUUUGCAUGCGCUGGUUAAUGGGGCCGAAUGUUCGGUUCUGCCUUAGUUUUCACGACGAAAUUCGCUAUCUGGUGCGUGAUGAGUACGCCUACAAUGCUGCGUUGGCCAUGCACAUCACGAAUCUGUUAACAAGAUCAUUUUGUUCGAAAAGAAUCGGUCUGUGUGACCUACCGCAAUCGAUUGCAUUUUUUACUUCGGUCGAAGUAGAUACGGUGCUGCGAAAGGAAUCACAUUUAGAUUGCGUAACACCAUCGAACGUUCAUGGACUAUCUGGUGGCUAUGGCAUUCCCAGUGGUGAAUCUCUGAAUGUUAGUCAAGCUAUUGAGAAGGCCGGUGGUAUGGAUUUAACGCAAUGGGAUUGGCAUAAGUCCAAGAAUGAAUAAUUUUGUGAUAUGAGUAUUUAUAAGUGAUCGGAUUGAUCGACGUAUUGUACAUUAAGUUUAAUGAUUACUGUUAUACGUGGAUGUGUUUACAUUCUUAAAAGGAUUUUUCAUUGAUCCGUUUUGUGCGAGAAAUGGAGAAAUGAAAACGUUGGAUGUGCAUAGAAGGCUAACAAUGCAAAAAGUAAAUUUAUUUUUUAAAUUAAUUAUUUUGUGUUUGUAAGCGGUACGUGUUAUGUUCAAAUAUUUUUUUUCUUUAACUUUUCGUUAUAUUUGAUGAAGAGUUUUAUGUGCCAAAAAUCUAAUAAAAAUUGUUGAUUUACUAAAA